AUGCAGCUUCCUUUGCCUUCCAGAGUAAAAAGUCACGGAUCAGACAACCCCCCUAAUGCCUUCCUCGCCAUCGACUCCACCGCCAUCAUGAAGUUCUUCGAAAACAAAUUCACCUAUGACUACUCCUUUCCCGCUGUUUCCCUAGCCUAUUUCCUCCGCUACCCAAAUCCUUACUCGCGCCAUGUCCUUACAACCGAUGUGAUCGAUCGCUACAUCGAUCCGGAAACCCAACGUCUCCAUACCAUUCGUCUACUCCUUAAAAAGUCCAAAGUUCCGGCUGGAAUCUUGAAACUUCUCCCUAAAGGAAUGGGUGGCUCCGAUAGUUCCGGCCAAAGCUAUAUCCUUGAAACCACUGUUGUUGAUCCCCAUGAGGGCUGGAUGGAGACCGAAUCACGAAACAUGGAGUGGACCGGCAUCCUUAGUGUCGUGGAAAAGCAACGAUACCAGCGUCUUGCUUCUGAAAAUGAGUCUCGCGCCCUUGAUGGAUUAUCAAUGGAACAGAAAACGGAGCAGACUACCGUCCGUACAACGGUGACUUUCAAGUCCCGACUCGGUCAGGGUAAACUGCUUGGCCGGAAGAAAGCUGAUCACGCCGAAGCGGAAGAUGAAGCUCCCAAGCGAGGCUUCUUCUCUUCACUAUCUACUGCUGGUAUCCAGCGAACCAUUGAGCUCAUCGGUGUGAGUCGCACCCGUGACGCGGUCCUUAAAAGCAAGGAGGGAAUGAAUGUGGUUCUUGAACGUUUGCGCAGUGGUGGGAUUGUUGGUGUUCUGGAAGCCAUGCGGCGAGACCGCGAGGCAUUGGGUCUUGAUGGGCCUCUCAAGCGCGUGUUGCUGCAGACAAACGCCCAUACCUUCCGUGACGACGAUGAUAAAUAA